CCACAGAUUGACUGCAUAUGCGGAAACACCCGAGGAGCUGGUGAAUAAAAAACGUGGUGAAAAAAAAUAGCAUCACAGUUAUGUAUAAUACUCGGAUAAAAGAACUAGAACAUACACAUGAGCUCAUAAUAUAAAGAAACUUGUUCUGAAAACACUUUGACAGACAACCUUUCGGAGACGUAAAAAAAGUAAAAAGCUGGUUGAAAGGAUCACCUAAACAAGGCGCAUUGUUAUUAGUGAUCGAUGUUACUGUCACACGAGAUGGAAUCUCAAAAGAUUUAAUCUACUCGUAACAAAAAUUUAUACAAAACGCUCUAAAAUAAUAAUAACAAUAAUAAUAACCCUCGGCAAGAUUAAGACCAAAAAUCCAAAAAAUAAACCGCGUAACGUCAACCAACAAUGCAAGAAGCAACUUUCACCAUUAAAACUUGUAUAACUAGUUCACAAGGGUUAUGGUUAAAAUCAGUAGUUAUGAGAAACGCAAGGAUAUUAGUCGGAUACUGGUUGCAAAUAAUAAGGACGGUGGUGGCGUGGAUACUGGUGCUGUUGAUGCUCCCGGUGGCGUUGGCACACGGUCGAUCUUGAGUCUUGAGAGUGCCGACGAGUGUGGUUACUCUUCUCUAUACACUGGUUACACUUAUACCCAUACUUAUGUACUUCUUGUAUGCUUGUUUCAUCCAACGUCUGCUCUAACGUCGUCUUUAUCGCUGUCGUUGUACUUAUACCUCAUAUAUAUGUAUAUAUUUAUAUAUAUAUACAUAUAUAUACGAGUGUAUUAGUGUACUUGUGAUCUGUCUGUGCGCCUGACUAUGUGGCCCGACACGAGAGUGAACCGACCAAGUGGCCGAGCCAAGCCGAAGAAGACAACCGCGGCACUCGUUCAGUAGUUUCUCGGACGGCGCACCGGCAUCAUCCGACCUCCAAUAACAUACCAGAGAUAACCCUCUGGACUUAAUAAUUAUUCAUUAAUACAUCCAUAAAUAAAUACAUAAUUACAUGUAUUAGUAAAUACACUUGUUAGUACGACAGAAAAUAAAUAAAUAUAUGUGUGUGUUUCCCACCCUUAUCACAUGGAAUUUUUUAAAUCAAUCAGCUACACGUGACUCCGACUUAUGGCAUUUAUCAUCACACAAAAUUCAAAAUUACGCUGUCGCAAAAUUUGUUUAUUUUUUUACUUAUUUUUUUUGGACUAAUUUCGAGCGAGUCGAUGAUAAAUUUUUCACAAAUGAGCCGUAUUAGUUCAAAUGGAUUGGAGCCGGACAGUGAAUUAUGUAAAUUUAAUUUUGUAAUUGGAUGUGCUUGUAAUAAAACAGUGACGUGUGUGUCGAGGUAAUCAUGAUGACUUUAUACCGGGACAAUGUGGUACACAUUACUUGAAUUGAGUAAAAAAAUAUAAAUUGGAGUAAAUUAUUUUAGUGAAAGUUUAAAUAAUAAUAUUAAUUAAUAAAUGAAUUUGUUAAGUAGGCCCGACCGCGAUAAUAAUCGGGUGGAUUUUAACUAAGGUGGUAAAAAGAUAUACAAGACCCGUUAAGGCGAUCCGUCAGAGUGGGAUUGAUAGACCGAGAAAACGACCGCGAAAUAAAACGGCGAGGAAAGAAGAAGAAGGAGAAGAGGAAGAAGCUCGCGGAGUUUCUUCUUAUUCAGUAUAUCUCUAUAGAGGAAAUAAGAGCAAGAAUUGAAAUAAGAAUAAGAAUAAGGAAGAAAGUAAAGAAUAGUACCCAGCGGGAAGAAAUAGUUUUAAUAAAAGGUAGACCACGAGACACAAUAGCUCCAGCAGAGCAUGAAUUCGUUUAAUCGCGAGCUUAAGAAUUCUGAUGAUGGUGAUAACGGUGAGGUGUCUUCAUUAUGCUUUUACCAGCGACAGCUCAAUCAUUUUUUCACUUACAAAAUAAUAAAGUGAGCGACAUAUUUUCCUCGUUUUGGAUUUUGUUCGGGCAAUCGUCGUCUAUUACCUGUCGCCUAGUGUGUUAUUAUUCCCGGGUAAUUUUAUUUGUUAUUUUAUAAAUGUAUCAUGACGGUACAAAAUAAAAAAUACUGUGAGGCUAGGUGGAUUGCCAGCCGACAGCACGGCUGUCUGAUGGAAGAAGCGAGAAUAAUCGACUUGGUAAUCGUCGGCGGUAAUUAUUAUUUGUAGCAAAUAAUAAUAGAGAUAAAAUUUAUAAAAAUUUUUAAGCAGCAGAGAUAAUAUAAAAAUAAUAAAUAUAUCUAUAUAUAUAUAUAUAUAAGUUAUAGCUGCUGUAAUAGUAAUAAAGAUAAUAAGGAAGAAGGAGAUUGCAAUAAAGAGUUUAGAUGAGAGCGUCAUGCUCGGUGAGAUCGACACGGGCGAUCCAAAAGUGGUGAAGUCUCAUACCGAUAGUUCACGACCCAUCUCCAGUUCUACUCAAGCUUUUUAUCACCGAGGAGACUCCGAUAUUUAUAGGAAUAAUAUUAACAAUAGUUGUAACAAUGAAUUUUUAUUUAGUGGACCCUCCGGCCGAGGGAGAGACCAUUGCAGCCGUAAGUUGUGUGAGAAAAAACUUUUUGCCGACAAUACUUCAAUGGAUUACUAUUUCAUUGACAACGAUAACGAGUCGAUAAAUAGUGCAGAGUCGAGAGUUAACUGUGAGACGCAUUUAUCUAAUAAUUACUCCGAUAAUGGUGAUAAGGAUGUUAAAAAGUCAGUGUUAAAUAGUAGUAGGGUUAGUAAUAGUUUAGCUGAGUCUCCGGUCGAGUCUAGUCAGCGCUUCCGCAAAUUGGGAGAUUCCAAAGGAAGAGGCAGUAUUGACAGUGAAAAGCAAAGUAGAGUGGAGAAUGAAUGGUUCGUGAGUUACAAAAGUGACGAGUGCGACGAGCAAAACAAUAUUGAUAUUAAUAAUUUUAGUUUUGAUAAUAAUAAUAUUGAUAGUAGUAACAAUAGUACUAGUACUAGUAAUAGUAACAGUAACGAUAACGAUAACGAUAAUGGUAGCAGUAGCUUUCGGAGCAGCGGUAGGAGCGGCAAAAGUUACAAAUUGAAAGACAAGUGCGACCGGAGAAUUCCAUGCAGACGAUUUUAUCUCCAAUUUGGGUUUUUAUUAUUUUUGAUUGCAUUUGGUGGACAGACGGGUGUCGGAGCGGGUAUCGGGAUUGGUGUACCUAGAUCAAGUGUACUUGGGAUUAUUACCGUGGGUACGAUGUUCGGUGUGAGCGGCGUUAAAGCUGCGCCAGUUGACUUGGGUGAUGCUGGCAUCAGAGCUGAGCGCUCUGCUAAUUUAUCUCAUCUCACUGGUACCUCGAGAAAAAUACUUAUGUUUAUUAAAAAUAAAUAUCUGCAAAUUUUACCCGAUGGCACCGUUAAUGGGACUGAGAAUUUUACUGCUGAUUACAAUAUAUUCCAAAGGAUUUCCGUAUCAAGUGGUCAACUGAAGAUCCAAGGAGUCGCGACAUGUCUGUACCUCUGCAUGGAUUCCUGCGGUCUUCUUUACGGAUCUCGCGAGUACACCGAAGACUGUGUAUUUAACGAGACAUUGGAGGCACAUAACUACAAUACCUAUAGCUCAAUAAGGUGGUCGACGCCCCGGAAAACACUUUACGUCGGGUUAAAUCGUCACGGACAGCCACGAAGAGUUCAGGCACGUGGUCAUAAUUUAGGCAGACUGUCAAGUUACGCACGAGUUAUGACUGUCGUGGUAUCGCCGGAUCGGGUGGAAAAUCUACAAGCGAGAAUGAUGGGUGUCCAGCACAAAGUCAGACACCACCAUGUAACUCAUCAUCAAACUCAACACCACCAUCAUCAGCAGCAGCAUCACCAAAAUCUACAGCAGUCCGUCUGCCCGAGUCUUCCCAGCCAGGAAAAAGACGGCCGCGACAGGUUCCGCUGCAGGAAACGGAGAAAACGGAAAAAACGCAAGCGGAGAUGCGAGAAAAAUGAUAAAGUUGAUUCAAACUGUGAAGCAAACAUAAAUAUUAAAGAGGAUAGACCUUGUCCGGAUACGGAAGACAAUAUUAAUGGGAGCGAUGACAGUUCGGGUAAAAGAUCAUCAUGCAAUUAUUCAACCUCCGCUGAUGAAUUAUCCAGGCGACCGUUAUUAAAUACGAGCCUCGUGAUAAAAAGAAAGUCACGGAUAGAUGUAAUUAAUAAUAAAAAUGAGGAUAGGAAUAAUAAUAAUAAUAAUAGUAAUCAUAAUAACCACACGAGUAAAAAGAAGGAAGGGAAAAAUAAUAAGAAACUUAUGAGAAAAGUCGGCUUUGUCGACGGUACGGGCACAACUGCGGCUACGGACGUCCAGCACCAGCAGGAACAGCCGCAUCAGGAGGAGCAGCAGCUCAAGGGACUGGUUUUUAAAGAGAAUUCAAGCUCAGUAAAAAAGAAAUUUCCUGGAAGAUCGAUUAGAACAACUGUGCCAGCUCCAUCGCCGGGAAAUUCCAACGCGACAUUGGCUUCUUGGUUCACCGGGGCGACAUCGACGACUCAGUCAUCUUGGGAGAUUUUUAUGAAGCGAACAUCAUCAUCACCAUCACCGACCAGUCGCGCGAUAAAGUUAAUUGACAAUCCAAAGAAAAUACCCGGGGACAAAGACGCUCAAGCUUCGGAUUCAGAUGUCAAGGGAAAUGCCACGGAAACUUCGAAUGCAGAUGAUACUAGUCUAUCGGCCUUGGAAACAGAGAACCUUCUGACCGAUGGCUCCAGCGAGAGUGAGGACGACACUCUCGAGGAAGACAGUGCCUAUGCCGGGGACUACGGGGUCCUGAUGACGACUAUGGACACCACGCCGCCAGAGAGGACCGAAGACUACGCCAAGACGACGACCCAAUCUAUUCUUGAGUCUAUUGAAGCCAGCCGACCGCUAAUUGAUUAUUUAAAUCGCUCUGUCAUCGAUUCCUCCUUCCCCUUUAGAAGACUCGCUAUGUGAAAACUCUUGUCGUGUAAUAAGACUUUAUUAUAUAAAGUGUACAUAUUAAUUAUUAACAAUUAAUAAUUAAUAUUGAUAUUACUAUUAUUAGCAACAAUAAUAAAUAUAUGUAAUUUAUAUUAAAAAAAUGUCCCAAAUAUUUUGCACGGUUUAUUACUAAUCAAAAUAACAACGAGUAUCCGGGAUAAAAGACAACGAAUGUACUCGCGUUAAGAGAAUAAUAGAGACUUAAUAAUUGAUUAAUUAACUAAUUUUUUUAGAUAAAUAAUUAAGUGCAACAGUAUGAUGAUCAUUAUGGCAAGAGGCUGACGUUAAUCUCCUUGCGAAUCUCGGAUUCCUCCGAUAAAACUACGACGUAGUGAUUUAUUUAUUAAAAAAAUAUAAAUGAUAAUUAAAAAAAAAAGAAACAUUUAUUUAUUUACAUCCUAAUUAAUGUGUGUCGGUAUGUGUUGUGUGCAUGAAUAAAAUCACAUGUGUCUUUAGGUGUGUAAUUUAAAAUAAUUAUUUAAAUUUUAUUAUUUUUAAAUGCAAUGAUUAUUAUUUAUAACGAUUAUAUAAAUAUUCCUAUCCCCAUUGUGACUACGUUAUUCAUAUAUAUAUUUAUAUAUAACAUUGCAAUUUUUUUUUUAAAUAUUAUUUAAAAAGUCAAUAAUGUAUGUGUAAAUAGAGUUAACACUUAAUUGAAAAUGUGAUUAAAAAUAUUCUCAUGGAUCUAAAUGAUUUUUAUAUGUAUGCGUAUAAAUAUAUAUAUAUAUAUCGCCAGAUCCCACUGCCAUUUAAUUGCAACAAUGUAUUUAAUCUCAUAGACUGACGACUAAAAAUAUAUAUAUUAACGUUAAAGGAGUAUUUAAUAAUAAAUAUCAAAAUUGCAAUGGGGACGUAGGAAACCGUCGAGAAUUUGUAAUGAAUUUAAAUUUAAAACAAUAAAUGUAAAUAAUGUCAUGUAGAGUCAACAUGUGACUUAAAAAAAAUUACAACUAUUUUUUAGUAUUAAUUAUAAAUAUUACUAUAAUUUAGAUGCCAUUCUUGUGAUAUUUCAUCGAAAUUCAUGAGUCAAUAAUGGAAUUAAAAUUUAAAUUAAAUAUU